CGCGUUGACGGUCAGUACACUUGGACUUGAAUGGUGCUUGAGUCCGUGAUGUCCAUGAUUUUCCUGUAAUGGCAAGCAGAGAGAAAGACGAAGAUACAAAUGCAAUAGGCAAAGAGCUUUGGGCAGCUUUGAAAAGAGAUCCGCUCGACAAGGAACAAAUAAAGUUGCUUCUCGAAUUCGGCGCGCCAGCAAAUUUCCGAGAACCAGACAGUCGAAAGACUGGUAGAACCCCCCUCCAUUUUGUGGUGUGGGAUGUAAACGGCAAUGAAGAACUCAUGGAAAUGCUGUUAAAACAUGGAGCAGACACAAAUCUAAGUGACUCUUUUGAUUUAACGCCACUUCAUUUGGCAGCCGAGAAAGGAAAUUUAAGGGCUGUGAAGAAACUGGUAAAUAAUCCUUACAGCCCAGCUGAUCGCAACAAACGAAACCGGGUAAGGGCUCGUUGUCAUUGUAAUAAUCUAGCGAUACAGUAUUCUUGAUAAGUGGAGAGGCAAUAUUUGUAACAAUUUACUGUACUAAACGUGGCUAAUUCUGCCUUGUACUCAACAUCCAGUUUCAUGUUUUCAACCGAAAUACCUCGUUGAAUAGCUAGCUUGUUUCUGUCACAUUUGUUAAAUAUUUGUUGUUCCUUAAAGCUGCCAGAAGAAAACUGGUUUUCGGUAAACAUAUCCUUCGACGAAAUGAAACAACACCGAAGUAAAGAAUAACUGCUGUGGUAUGGCAGAAAAUACAUGCACUGUGACACAGUGUUUGACACAACCUGUAAAAUGCUGUGACGUUUUAACUUCCGACGUUAAAGCCUGGUUUUGACAACGACAUAAGCACCUGCAUAAGCAUAACGGUAG